UUCAGGUUCAUUUGCACCUGUGUUUUCUCCCAGCUGGGCGGACGCUGACUGUAAGGUGACGCUUGCUCCGCUCGUCAUGGCCUACCCGGGAUACGGAGGAGGGUUUGGAAAUUUUAGCAGUCAGGUGCCAGGAAUGCUCCCUGGUGGAUACCCUGGAUACCCAGCAUACUUGGAUAGUUAUUCCUCAGGUAGUGACCCCAUGUGGACUUAUUUCACUGCUGUUGCUGGACAGGAUGGUGAAGUGGAUGCUGAAGAACUUCAGAAAUGUUUGACACAGUCUGGAAUUAAUGGAACUUAUUCUCCCUUCAGCCUGGAAACCUGCAGAAUUAUGAUUGCCAUGUUGGAUAGAGAUUAUACAGGAAAAAUGGGAUUUAAUGAAUUCAAAGAGCUUUGGGCAGCUCUUAAUGCCUGGAAGCAAAACUUCAUGACUAUUGAUCAAGACCAAAGUGGAACAGUAGAGCAUCAUGAAUUGAGUCAAGCCAUUGCUGUUAUGGGUUAUAGGUUGAGUCCUCAGACAUUAACUGCUAUUGUUAAGCGUUAUAGCAAGAAUGGCAGAAUUUUCUUUGAUGAUUAUGUUGCUUGCUGUGUGAAGCUUCGAGCAUUGACAGAUUUCUUUAAGAGAAGAGACCACUUACAACAAGGGUUUGUGAAUUUCAUAUAUGAUGAUUUUUUGCAGGGUACUAUGACAAUUUGAAUGUCUAGAAUUUGAAAGCUGAAGAAGUACUGUGAAUUAUUUUGCUGGGAAGAAACGAACUGGACUAUAAAUUUAAACUUUUGACACUUUUCAUCUCCUUUCUGCCUGGUCAGUCUCUCCCUUUUCUGUGUUUUUACUUUAACACACAAUUCAAAGCAAUAAAUGAGAUUUUUUUAAAAAUU